AUGGCAUCAGUCUCAUCACUAGACAAGGAUUUGCGCAACAUGCGGCUAUCUAAAUACACUCCUCAGGCAGCUAAUGAAGUCCGAGACUGGAUUGAAGAAACACUACGGGAGAAGCUACGGAAUGGUGACCUCCUAGAGGCACUGCGCGAUGGAGUAGCAUUAUGCAGAGUAACUAACUACGAGCUUGAUAGACUGGUAAACCUCGCGGUAGGACCUCCAGGCGUAAAGUACAAACAGUCAAGCAUGCCGUUCGUCCAGAUGGAAAAUAUAUCCCAUUUCCUGCACGCUUGCCAGAAGGCUCCUCUCAACCUACCACCUCACGAUGUCUUCCUUACGGUUGAUCUUUACGAGGCAAAGGACCCUGCUCAAGUCUUACAGUGCCUGGGAGCGUUCAGUCGCAGGGCAUAUGCCCUCCAGCCCAGCAAGUUUCCGGGGGCCAUCGGGAAAAGUAAGAAUGGCACGUUGAGCCCUCAAAUGAGCGGAUCCAGCCAGGGUGGGCGCUUUGGUGCGCCAUACUCUCGACCUCGCGGGCAAAGCAAUGUCAGCGAUCUAGGACGAACAAGUCCCACAAUGGCAUCCAGCAGAAGCGGUGCAGCAUCCCCACGGACAAAAACCAGCGCAUGGAGUAACAAGACAGAUGAAGCAACCACGGCUCCCGCUUGGAACAUUCACCAGUAUGGAUAUAUAGGAGGUGCAAGCCAAGGAAGCCUUGGUGUAACAUUCGGCGCGCGACGGCAAAUUACCACUCCUGGUCCAUCAGUACCCAGUCUUGCAGAGAAAGAGAAACGACGACGGGAGGAAGAGGAGCAGACUAGGCUACAGACAGAGGAAGCAGAGCGCCAACGAUCAAACCGAGACGCAGAAGAAGAACGCGCAAAAGCGGAAGAAAAAUUACGCUGGGAAGCGGAAGAAAGGAAGUUAAGAGAAAAUGAACGGCAGCAGGUUGAAGACGAGAAGAGACGGUGGGAAGAAGAACAACGCCAGUGGGAGCAGGAGGAAGCCCGUCAACAGCAAGAAGAAAGAGAGCUGGAAGAAAGACUGGAAAAGGAGAGGCUUAGUAAGCGAGAGACUGCGGACGCCAGGUUGAACGGACAAUUCCUAAGUCAAUAUCAAACUUCUCAAAGGCCUUCGCGAGGCGUGACAUCUCCAUUACAUGAACAAAAGGCUGCUACAUCUAGUGAAAGUGAACGUAUCAAGGCAUUGGAGCUUGAGCUUGAGAAGGCCAAAGAAAGAGAAAGACAGUAUGAGCGUGAACGUCAAGAACUUGCUACUCUACGCGGAUCUCCUCAGCCAGAUGCCCAACCCCAAGCUCGUUCACCACAUCCAGAUGGCAACAAACCAAUCCAUACUCCACAGAAGCCAAGCUAUGACUUAGCAUCUCAAGAACAAGAGCGUCGGUUGCUGCGAGGUGAAUGGAACGUACGCAACAAGGACAAAUCGCCUGCAAGCCCGCCUCCGUCACUACCGCCUCGAGAUCUUCCCACUCCGCCUGCAAUGCCACCUAGGAACACAAAUCACCCUACUUCACCUCGCCCUCUACCAGAUCCCGCCAACUACGUUAACACAAACCGCACUGAUCGAUUUUUGCAGGAUAACCCUGCCCCUGUUACAAAGAAGCCAGUCUCAUACCGGCCACCAGAGUUUUCGUCCACAUCUGAAAGAGAUGAGGAAGAUAGGCGGCGAGUAGAGUCUACGCAGAAGACUCGAGCUGGUGGAUGGGCGUCGAAGUCACUACUUGAAAGGGAAAUGGAACGAGAGCGUGAACGACAACGUGAGUGGGAAGAGAAUCAGAAGCAGACUCAGAAUGCAGUCAAGAAGGGCGUCAAGACUGCUGGCACUGGGCCAGGGGAAGGAGGAUGGGAUGUACAUCAGUAUGGAUAUCUUGGGGGGGAUAACCAGAAUAAUGCAGGGCCAGGAAUCGGGUUUGGUGCACGACGACAAAUUAUCGGACCACGCCCGCCGCCAUAG